CGGAAACUCAGUAGAAGAAGAGCAAGAAGCGGAAGAAGCAGAAGAAGAAGAAGGCUGCCGCAAUUUUCAAACGGGAAAUCAGAGCAGUGUCGGUGAAUCGUCUUUGGGAAAAUGAGUGAGCUAGAGAAUAUCAGCCACCACAUUGGUGACAGGAUAUCAACCCUACGACGCAUGCUGGAUCUGUCAGUUGUUGAGUUGCCUCAAAACAUGAAAAGAAAACUUGGACAAGAGUGUUUUGCACUGGAGAGACUUUUAGAGGAGUUUGAAAAAUGUGUUGGCCAACAGAAGGAGCAACUAAGGUCUCUGAAGGAACUUGAAGAGUUAUUCAAGAAGGAUGUGGAGGAUGUCCAUCACAUGAAGGACAACAUACCUGCACACAUGCCUAUGAAGAAAGGCCCAGCAAAUGGAAAUGAACAUGUAAUGACUAAAAAGGAAGCAGCAGAAGUUCAACCUGCCCAAACAGACGAUGUGAAAAAGACCAACAAGAGCUAUGCCAGGGAGAUGGAGUUUAUCACUAUGCCAGAGUUUGAGAAAAUCCCUCAGUACAUGAAAGGACGUGUUUCAUAUGAUCAACUUAAUGCUGCGGUGCAGAGCAUUAACACAGCUGUAACAGCCAAGUACAAGAUCUUCCAUCAGUCAGUGAGAUCUCUGAACAAUCAUUCACGCAAGCUGUACCAGCGCUUCAAGGACCAGGAGAUGAAAGACACAAAAGGUCAGUAUUUUGUGGUGGAAGACGACAUUCGGGAAUUUACACAGGUGAGGGUGGACAAACGAUUUCAGGGGAUUCUGAACAUGCUACGACAUUGCCAGCGGCUGCGGGAGCUGCGAGGGGGAGGCCUCACCCGCUUUUUGUUGUUAUAAGUGUUCAAGAUUCAAUUGCACAUUAUGCUUUCAGUUCAGAUUUUCUUUAUAUUAUGUACACUCACACUGCAGUUACAUAAGGUCAGUGGCCUCAUUGUGUUAUUUUUUGCUUUGAACAUUGCCCUGUAAUUAACUGUAAUUCUGUACCGGACAAAAUUAAACUGGAAAGAGCCCCUUAUGAGUCCACUAAAGCUGUCACCUAAAGUAUACAUUUAUUGUUAUCUGUAAUCAUGUAUGUAAUGUAUAAAAUAGAUUUUUCUUUUUUUUCUUGCGUUGUUAAAAAUGUCAACAAAACUUGCUAAAAAUAAAAGCAAAGAUCACCUGUUAUGAACAGCUUGAAAAUCA